AGGUACUUCAUGGUAGGACACCGGGUGAACUACUACGUCUUCACUGACAAGCCGGAGUAUGUUCCUCACCUCGACGUCCGAAAGGGAAGGCAGAUAAUCAUCCUUAAGAUCCAGAGCUAUGCCCACUGGCAGGACAUUUCCAUGCACCGCAUGGAGAUGCUCAGCACUUUUUCCCAGCAGCGCUUCCAGCGGGAGGUGGACUACCUCGUGUGUGCAGAUGUGGACAUGCGGCUCAGCGACCACGUGGGCGUGGAGGUCCUCUCCUCCUUGUUCGGCACGCUCCAUGUUGGCUACUAUGGGCUCAAUCGGGCCGACUUCCCCUAUGAACGGCGGCCUCAGUCGCAAGCGCAUAUUCCUGAAGACGAGGGGGACUUUUAUUACAUAGGGGCCCUAUUUGGGGGGUCCGUGUCCGAGGUUUUCAGGCUCACCGAGGCCUGCCACAGAGCGAUCAUGGUCGACCAGGCCAACCACAUCGAGGCCAUCUGGCACGAGGAGAGCCACCUGAACAAAUACUUCCUCUACCACAAACCCUCCAAGGUCCUCUCCCCUGAGUACCUGUGGUAUCAGCAGCACAUGAAUUACGUGAAAGACCAGAACUCGACGUCGCCCAAAGUCAUAAAGCGGAAAAGAUUUAAAGUCUUGAGGAAGAAUUACAGGCUGAGAGACUG